AGAAGGCUGUUGAUUAUCUUUCUCUUCCUGUAUAUUGGGUCGAAUUUUAUUUCUUUUUGUUUUUUAUUUGAAGUUAAAGAAAAAACAUAGCAUUUGGCGUAUAAGUAAUAAACUCAAAAUUUUCCAAGCAUUUGGUUUCCUACUUUUUAAGCGAAUACUUUUGCUUCGGAAUCUCAUUGCGUUCGUUUUGGCAACCUUUUCGAAGUUCUUACGCUUUAUGGGGUUCUGAUAUUUGCCCAGCACUUGAUUCUGUGCCAGAUUGAGCCAAACUUCUUUCUACAUUAGUUAUCAUGGAAAGAAAACUAUGUUUUGAGCAAAUUGAAAGUUAUAUUUAUGUCCUUGCUCCGUUAAGUGCUUUAGUUAUUGAAAUUUCUAAAGCUUGAAUAAAAGGAUAUAGGGAACUGAGAUGGACAUUGGGGCUCUUUUAACUUCUGCCGGAAUCAAUAUAGCUGUAUGUGUUGUGCUGCUGUCAUUGUAUUCCAUAUUGAGAAAACAACCGAGCAAUGACAGUGUGUAUUUCAUGCGGAGGCUUAUUUCAGAAAAAAUAAAGCCUGAUCCUCUCGGCCUUGAAAGACUUGUGCCCUCUGCGAGCUGGAUUGUGAGGGCCUGGCAAGCAACCGAUGAAGACGUAUUGGUUGCUGGUGGUGUGGAUGCUCUAGUUUUCUUGAGAAUAGUUGUUUUCAGUAUUCGUAUAUUCAUCAUUGCUGCUGUGAUAUGCGUUUUUCUAGUGCUUCCAGUAAAUUAUUAUGGACAAGAAAUGCAGCACAAGAAAAUCGGUGCAGAAUCACUGGAAGUAUUUACUAUUGGAAAUGUAAAAGAAGGCUCAAUAUGGUUUUGGGUUCACUGUCUUGCUUUAUACGUCAUAUCCUGCUCAGCUUGUGUUCUACUUUACUUUGAGUACAAAAGCAUCACUAAAAUGAGAUUAGCACAUAUUACUGGAUCUCCUGUGAAUCCAAGUCAUUUCACAGUUCUAGUCCGUGGCAUCCCGUGGUCUCGGGAUCAUUCAUACAGUGAGACGGUAGAACAAUUCUUUUCAACUUACUAUCCAGCAAGCUAUGUGUCCCACCAGAUGGUAUAUCGAGCUAGUAGAGUUGACAAAUUAAUGAAGGACGCAGAAAAGAUGUGCAGAAUGCUAAAAACCAUUGAAUUGCAGAACAGAGAGAGUUAUAUGCCAUCUUGUCUUAGUGGUGGAACUACACAUUCCUUUACGUCACUUAACAUUAAACCAGAAAGUUUUAAGAGUAAAACAUGUGGUGAUGGGCUGCAACCAAGUCAAAGUGAAAAGCUUGAAAAGAAGGACGUAAAGAAGAUGUAUAAAAAACUAAAAACCAUUGAGCUGCAGAAUAAAGAGAGUUCUAUGUUAUGUUGUCUUUGUGGUGGACUUUUGCAUUCCUUCAAGGUACUAAAAAAUGAAACGGAAAGUGUUGAGCGUAAAGCCAACAGUGAUGGGCUGCAACCAAGUCAAACAGAUAAGGAACGUUCGGCUGCUUUUGUUUUCUUCAGGACUCGUUAUGAUGCUGUUGUUGCUGCGCAAGUUCUUCAAUCAUCAAAUCCCAUGUUAUGGGUGACACAACUAGCCCCAGAACCAAACGAUGUUUAUUGGUCAAACCUCUCCAUACCCUACAAGCAAGUUUGGCUCCGUAGAAUAGCAACUCUUCUAGGUGCUAUUGUUUUUAUGUUUCUGUUCCUUGUUCCUGUUACAUUUGUACAAGGCUUGACUCAACUAGACCAGUUAAGACAAACAUUUCCAUUUCUUAGAGGAAUUUUGAAACAGAAGUUCAUGAACCAGCUUGUAACAGGUUACUUACCAAGUGUAAUUCUGAUGCUAUUUAUGUAUGCUGUUCCACCGACCAUGAUGUUGUUUUCAACAAUUGAGGGAGUUGUUUCACGUAGUGAGAGGAAAAAAAGUGCAUGCAUCAAGGUCCUGUACUUCACAAUCUGGAAUGUUUUCUUCGUUAAUGUUCUUUCUGGAUCCAUAAUUAGACAAUUGAGUGUUUUCUCAAGUGUUAAAGAUAUACCUACACAACUUGCCAAAGCAGUGCCAACCCAGGCUACCUUCUUUACGACUUAUGUUUUAACAUCAGGCUGGGCAAGCUUGUCCUGUGAAGUAAUACAACUUUUUCCUUUUCUUUGCAAUUGGUUCAAAAAAUUCAUACCAAGAACGCAGGAAGAGCCAUGCAGUAGUUCUGCUCUAACCUUCCCUCACCAUACUGAAAUCCCACGCCUUCUUCUGUUUGGACUGCUUGGCUUCACUUGUUCUAUCAUGGCACCCUUAAUAUUGCCCUUCUUGCUGGUUUACUUCUUUCUUUCUUUCCUUGUCUACCGGAACCAGAUUCUUAACGUAUAUGUACCAGAAUAUGAAAGUGGGGGACUGUUUUGGCCUAUCGUUCACAACACAACGAUCUUCUCUUUAGUGUUGACCCAAGUUAUCGCCCUUGGGGUCUUUGGUAUAAAAAGAUCACCGGUUGCUUCCGGUUUCAUCAUUCCUCUAAUAUUUCUAACUCUCCUGUUCAAUGAGUACUGUAGGCAGAGGUUUUCCCCUGUUUUCAAGAGAAGUCCUGCACAGGUUCUUAUAGAAAAGGAUAGACAAGAAGAGAAUUUGGGUAGGGGAGAAGAGAUUUAUAAGCUGUUACGUACAUCAUAUUGCCAGUUCCCAUUACUUUGUCCAGACUUGUCCAUUUCUCAGGACCCUUCCACAUCUCAGGACUCUAUGCCUGGAAACAGCGGGCAGAAGAAAGAUCACGAGAGUUCCAAAGAUCCCGAGUCUCCUAAUCCAGACUUUCAGGAAAUCAGCUUGUUAAGUUAAAUGAAUAGAAGGAUGUUUAUCGCAUUUCGGACAGGAAAGGCUUCGCAUACAAACCAAAUUGGUUCAUAGAAGCCAUUCCAUUUAGAGGCUAUGUUAAUGGUGGCUAUGGGAUGUCAAAAACAACAAAUGAAUUUUUCAUUUUAAUUCUCAUCCUUAAUGGGGCAUAGAUGAAUAGAGAAAAAAUCCCUUGAUAUGUAUACUCAAAACAUUCUACAGUUUCAAAGGAAGAAAGUGUUAAUAUCUUGUUUGAUUGAGAUGUUGGACGAACAUUCCCUUUUGUACAAUAAAUGUUUUUUUCUUUUCUA